AUGGGGAUCCACCCUUCAUGGUCUUCAGCCAAGUGGGAGGUGGCCCUCGUUCAAGUGUGCCAAGGGGCACCAACCCUCUGGAGACUGUCGCAGAGGCAGCGCACAUUAUACAUUCUGUUGCAGAAUCUCACAGGCUUGGGAAAGGCCUGCUGCUCCACAGGCAUCAACCAACCACCACCCAGAAUCAGCAUCAGAAGAGCUGGCCGCUGGUGGUGGAGCCCAGGCCAAGCGGCAAAGUGUGGAAGCGAAGGACUUGCUGGAGGAGGCUGGGAUCCACUCCCAGCCUCGAAGCCAUGGCCGCCACCUCGGCCUCGCCCUUGUCCUGACAUCUGGUCAGCAACAGGGCCAGCUGGCGGCUGGUCAGUCGACCUCUAUUCAAAUCCUCUAGCUCGGCGGCUCCCAGUCGCGGCCGUACGACCUGGUCUGUUGUCUGCUCCUGCAAAGCAUGUUGGAUUCAGGCAAGGAAGGGAUGGGAAUCUAGCGCUCGUGUACCCUACCUAUGAUUGUCAUGCAGGCCAUGGGUGUGGGGAGAGAAGCUAA